GUGUUCACAAUCGCAUUGUUUGUGGAAAUUAACCUCCGCUAGUCACUGCUAUAGUGCUUCAUAUAAAACACCCCCUCUACUCUAGUGCUAAAUAUAAAUUUUCAGUCCUGAGAGUUUCAACGGAUUUGAGCAUUUAUUGAGUAUGUAGAAAAAUUAAGUUCUUGAUUCCGAUAUUAUCAGUUCUGUUAAAGAGAAAAAGUCUAUCCGAAUAAAAAGAUAUAUGGCAGCCAACAUUCGCGCUGAUUUAGCUGUUCUCAAUAAUGCUGCCAGCAGUUCACAUAGAGAUUUAUCUGAAAGAUAUCAACACAUAUUAGAAGCAUGCUUCAAGUUGGUUGAUAAUGAAAAAGUUUCCGCAUUAAAGAUGUUUAUAGAUGCAAUGGUGAAUGAAAAUGUGAGUCAAAUAGUAUCUCGUCAAUUGAUGACAGAAUUUUGCCAACAUUUAUCUCAGCUUAAUAAUGCUAUGUGUAAGGAAGUCUGUCAUUUUGCACUGGAUCGAAUUCAACCAAGAGUAAUUUCAUUCGAAGAACAGGUUGCUCAAAUCAGACAACAUUUAGCAAAAGUUUAUGAAGAUGAAGAAUCAUGGAAAGACGCAGCUACAAUUCUUGUUGGAAUUAACAUUGAAUCAGGACAGAAACAAUAUGAUCAUGAUUAUAAGUUAGAAACAUACUUGAAAAUUGCGAGAUUAUUUUUGGAAGAUGAUGAUCCAGUACAGGCAGAAACCUAUAUCAAUAGAGCAUCUAUGCUACAAAAUGAAACCAAAAAUGAGCAAUUACAAAUCCAUUAUAAGGUAUGUUAUGCAAGAGUGUUAGAUUACCGCAGAAAGUUUAUUGAAGCUGCUCAACGAUACAAUGAAUUAUCAUAUCGAACUACGAUACAUGAGGACGAAAGAACGAAAGCAUUAGAAAAAGCUUUACACUGUGCAAUAUUGGCUCCAGCUGGCCAGCAAAGAUCAAGAAUGUUGGCAACUUUAUUCAAAGAUGAACGAUGUCAGCAAUUAUCUUCAUUCGGUAUAUUAGAGAAGAUGUAUUUAGACAGAAUAAUUCGUGCUGAUGAAUUAGAAGAAUUCGCCAACCAGUUGAUGCCUCAUCAAAAAGCAACAACAGCAGAUGGAACAAGUAUUCUUGAUCGUGCUGUCACUGAACACAAUCUCCUUUCUGCCAGCAAAUUGUAUAACAAUAUUACAUUUGAGGGCCUCGGCGCUCUCCUUGAGAUAUCAGCAGAUAAGGCAGAAAAAAUUGCAUCACAGAUGAUAAGUGAAAACAGAAUGAGUGGUUAUAUUGAUCAGAUUGAUGGCAUUGUUCAUUUUGAAACAAGGGAAAUGUUACCAAUGUGGGACACUCAAAUUCAAUCGUUAUGUUUGGAACUCAAUUCUCUGGUUGAUAAAAUAACAGCAGCACAUCCAGAUUGGGCCGCAGAAACAAUGGAACAAUUAGUUUCACCCAAAGACUGAUAUUGAAGAUUACGCAUUAUGAAUGUGUCUACAAGUUUAAGAGCUGUGAGCAACUUAACUCAACUCUGUGCAAAGCCGUUCAGAAUUUCACCCUUUGUAUCGAAGUAGAGGUUCACAGUCAAUGUUGAAAUUCCAUUGUUUCAGUAAAGUUUUGCAUAUUUAUAUUCAAUAUUUGAUUACUGCAAUACCUAGUACUCAAUGCUUUCAAAUUUGUUUCGCAAAGCCUGUGGUAAUAGAAUGAUAUUUUUGGCCUUUGAGACUCUUUUUUUUGCGAUAAUCUGGACUUAUGGAACCAUAAUAGUUUCUAAAAUGAGAAACAUUGCAAAAAAUAUACUUAAAACACAUGGAUGACUUUACUUAUUGUUAGAAGCCAGUUUGUUGGUUUGUUAGUCAGCAACGAAUCACGAUGGAUAUAAUGUUUUGUAUCGUAAACCUCUCUUCAAUGAGUAGAAUUUUUCUGUUAAAGCUGAGCCAUUGCAAUUUGUUGAAUCAUAAUCCGGCUGUGACCCGUGAAGGUUUAUAUAAAUAUAUUAUUGAUUACUAU